AUGUCACACCAUGCAGUCCUGAAGAGAGACAGUGCGACGACGAAAUUGAGGGUCGUUUUUAAUGCCUCAGCCUCCUCGUCCAACGGAUUUUCCAUCAACGAUCAUCAUAUGAUCGGUCCUAAGCUCCAAGCAAAUAUCGUAUCGAUAGUGCUGCGGUGGCGCUUGUAUCGCGUCGUGUUGUAUCGCGUCGUGUUCUGUGCCGACAUUGCGCAAAUGUAUCGGCAGAUUCUCGUCCACCCCGCUAAUAGACGAUAUCAGCUGAUUCUUUGGCGUCGCGAUCCGACGGAGAAAAUUAAGACGUUCGAGCUGACGACCGUAACGUUCGGUACCGCUUCCGCGCCGUUUCUGGCACAACGCGUGGUUUGCCAGCUUGCAACGGAUGAAAGAGACCGGUUUCCGUUAGCGCUAUCCGUUCUAAAUAACGAGAUCUACGUAGACGACGUUAUGUCAGGCGGAGACUCUUUCGACUCUGCUUUCGAAAGGCGUAAUCAAGUUCGCGACUGCCUCGCAACAGCCCACCUUGAUUUGCGUAAGUGGGCAAGCAAUGACCUUCGACUUUUACGUGAUACCGAUCCGGAUCACGGGUUAGCAAGCGAUCGAUUGUUCCAGGACGACGGCGAGCUGAAAGUGCUCGGCCUCCGCUGGUGUCCUAAGGAAGACCACUUCCGAGUAAUUACGCACUCUUCUUUUGUUACGAGCGCGACUAAGCGUUCUAUACUUUCGGUGGUUGCACGCUUCUUUGAUCUGAUCGGCUUCCUUACGCCCGUUCUUAUUGUACCAAAAAUGUUGCUCCAAGAGUAUUGGAAGCACAAUUUCGACUGGGACGAUCUCCCGUCGGACGCGCUGGCUGGAAAAUGGUCGGCAUUUCUCUCACAAAUUCCGCGUCUAGAAGAGAUUGUCAUACUGCGCUGGAUAUGA